CGUAAGGCUAGGCAUCGUCAGGCAGCUAACCAUGGCGCUCUCCCCCGCCGCCGCUGUGGCUGUCUUCUUCUUCCUCGCUAUGCUCGUCGGCGGCGACGCAGCCGUUGUCGAGCACACAUUCGUCGUGAGCCAGGUCAGGAUGAACCGAGCGUGCAAGGACACGCUGGUUACGGUGGUCAACGGGCAGCUCCCAGGCCCAGCCAUCGAGGUGACAGAAGGUGACUCCGUAGUUGUUCAUGUGGUAAACAAGUCCCCGCAUGGAUUAACAAUCCAUUGGCACGGGGUGAAACAACGGUUGAACUGCUGGGCGGACGGAGUAGGGAUGAUAACGCAAUGCCCGAUUCAGCCAGGCAAGAACUUCACUUACCGGUUCAAUGUCGCCGGGCAGGAGGGCACACUAUGGUGGCAUGCCCAUGUUGCGUCACUCAGGGCAACGGUUCAUGGCGCUCUCAUCAUCCGGCCUAGAUCUGGCGGUGACGCCGGCACGUUGUACCCAUUCCCUAGGCCCCACAAGGAGGUCCCCAUUUUUAUAGGUGAGUGGUGGGAUGUGGAUCUUGUUGAGUUGGACAUGAGGAUGGCCGAUGGUUUCUUUGAUGACUAUCCCGUUAAUGCCACGAUCAACGGAAUGCUUGGAGAUCUCUAUGAUUGCGCUGGAGCCUCAGAAGACAUAUAUGUUAUGCAAGUAGAGCCGGGCAAGACAUAUAUGUUGCGGAUAGUGAAUGUUGCACUCCUAUCGCGUUACUACCUUAAAAUCGCCGGCCACAGGUUCACAGUGGUGGCCGCCGAUGCGAAUUAUGUCAAGCCGUACAACACUGAUGUCAUCGCAAUCGCGCCAGGGGAGUCAAUGGAUGCACUUGUGGUUGCCGAUGCGCCACACGGCAAGUACUACAUGGUAGCCCUGGCUAACCAGCCACCGCUACCUGACCAGCAGAUCCCAGUGUUCAGCUCGCGUGGGGUGCUCCAAUACAGUUACAAUCCAAUAAAAGGAGAAGAUCCAACGGUCAUUAACUCACUAAUGGUGCCCGAAAUGCCUGACCAGCAUGACAUGAUGACGUCUUUCUACUUCCAUGGCAACCUAACAGGCGCCACUCCUCACCCGCCGUUGCCGAUCAAUGUCGACGACCGCUUGUUCAUCAGCCUUGCCCUAGGCUCCAUCUGCAGAGGAAGCCAUGUGCCACUACCGUCAUCGCCCUGCAGAGGGUAUGACGUGAAUGAAUCGAUCUCGGUGGCCACCAUGAACAAUGUCUCCUUUCAGCUCCCUACGAAAGUAUCAUUACUUGAAGCACACUAUCGCGGCAACAUGAGCAUCGCAGGAAAGCUGCAUGAACUACCUGACAAGCCUCCUACUGAAUACAACUACACUGAUAAAACGAUGAUCCCAUGGGGCAGCAAGGAGGCGGCGUUGGAGUCUACGACAAAGGCGAUGUCCGUGAGGAUGUUUCGGUUCAACACCACGGUGGAGAUCGUGUUCCAAAGCACAGCGAUACUGAAUAGUGACGCCAACCCAAUGCACCUCCAUGGACACGACUUCUUCGUCCUCGCGCAGGGGCUCGGCAAUUACGACGCUGAGAGGGAUGCAGGGAGCUACAACCUGGUGGAUCCACCGGUGAGGAACACCGUCCUUGUGCCACCAGUUGGGUGGGCGGCCAUCCGGUUUGUCACAGACAACCCGGGUGUGUGGUUCCUGCACUGCCAUUACGGGUUCCACACGUCGAUGGGCAUGGCGGUGGCAUUCGAGGUGGAGAACGGGCAGUCGUCUGACAUGACACUUCCUCCACCCCCGAUAGAUCUUCCAAGAUGUGAACAUCACGGCAACAGCGUGGCAUACCAGUAAUUAAUUAAGAGUACUCUUAUGUGUAUGUGUUGUGCGGUUGUACCAUGCCGGAUGAAUAAAAUUGAGCUAAGCAAGUAGUGCCAAGAAGCUCUAAAUGUUAGCCAUAGUCGCCAUUGCGUCAUAGCUUGUGUCGAGCGCACCUCGGUUAGAAAUUUCAAUUAGUGAAUCCUUUAUUUGAA